AUGUCAAGAAAUAUGAUGGAACAAGAAGACCAGCACAAGGCGCCUCUGCAGCAGCACCUUUUAUUUUGUACCGACAUCUGCCUAGCCGCACCAGAUGCAGUUGUCUCGGUUUGUUAUGCGAGACCAUACAAGUAGAUGAGGAAGAACAUCAGUAUCUGUAGACGAGUAUGAGUAUGUUCUUGGUCAUGCAAAAUCAAAAACUAAAAUAUAAACAAGCAGUAUUAUAGGCGGGUGGAAGAUCACCUGUGCUUCGUAGACUUGCUGCGUUAUUCUUCGCACAUGAUAAAAAUGCAUGCAGCGGUGAGUCACAAGCUCCUCAAGUAGUGCGUCUCUUAGAUUUAUAUAUAGGUAGCACCACCAUGAAUGCUGUAUGUGUAAGACGCUCUAUAAUUAUGUCAAGAAAACAUAUCCUCACUUUUGUCAAGAAUGCUGUUCUAGCGUCCUGCCAUACUUCUUACAGGUAGUUGUUCGUUGUAGUAUCAUCAAUAUUUUUCCAACAAUUUUUUAGAGUUUUAGUUUUUACAAGAACAUGAAGUCGUUGACUUACAAACUCAGAAAAUAUUUUCCUAUCAGGAGCCUUCCUUCAUAGGCAGCAUGUGGUCUACUGGUCUUCUAAGAGAGGCUGGCCCAGCAGGUUCCCGUCGAAUGAUACAAAAUGUUGACGUCGAGUUCAUUCCCCUGUACAAAUUGCUACAAUUGUUAUGCGCAACUCUUGGUGGUGCUGCUGAACUUGAAGAUACAACAUGUAUAUCGUCAUUGUCUAGUAGUGGAACUGAAAAGUAAUCAAUAAGACGAAGCAAUGCACCCUCCGCUCUUGAUCUUGG